AUGGCAGAAUCAAUUCUCUUUGAUAUUGCGACUGAAGUUCUGUUGAAGACAGGCUCUCUUGUGGGUGGGGAAUUGUCCUUGUUGUGGAAUCUUGAAAGCGAUUUAAAAAGCCUUACGGGAACCCUAAGCACGAUCCAAGCCGUGCUCUUGGAUGCUGAGAAAAUGCAGGCAAAAGAUCAUCAGCUGCGUCACUGGCUUGGGAAGCUUAAGGAUGUCUUCCAUGAUGCUGAAGACGUUUUAGAAGAAUUUGAGUUUGAAGCAGUGAGACAAAAGAGGAGCACAUUAAGAAAGGUAUGUCAAUGCUUUUCAAGCUCCAAUCCUGUUGUUUUUCGAUCUGAAAUUAGUCAUCAAAUCAAGGAGAUUAAAGAAAGGCUAGACCAGAUCGCAGGUGAUAGGAGUAGAUUUUCUCUUAUUGAGAGUACUCCUGCUGAAGUUGGGCAUGUUAUUCCAAAGGAGAGGGAGACUCAUCCCUUCUUGGGAGCUUCUUGUGUUAUCGGAAGAGAGGAUGAUAAAGAAAAGAUCAUGAACUUUUUAAUGCAACAAACCGGCAAUAAUGUCUCUGUCAUUCCAAUAGUUGGAAUUGGGGGUUUGGGUAAAACCACUCUAACUAAAAUGGUUUUCAAUGAUGAAAGGGUAAAUGAGUUCUUUCCGUUAAAAAUGUGGACAUGUGUGUCGGAUGAUUUUGAUGUCACUAGAUUGAUGAAAGAAAUUAUUUAUUCUGCAACACGUGAGGAUUGUAGUAAGUUAAAAGGAGAUGAAAUUUCUAAGCGUUUACAGGAAAUUUUGACAGGUAAAAAGUUUUUGCUUGUCUUGGAUGAUGUUUGGAAUGAGAAACCGAUGAAAUGGUUGGAAUUGAAAGACUUACUGAUGAAUGGUGUCAAUGGAAGUAAAAUUAUUGUGAGCACACGAAGUAAAAGAGUUGCAGAAAUAAUGAGCACUGUUCCAUCACAUUUUAUACAAGGUCUUUCCAAUGAGGAAUCCUUGUCAUUAUUUAAGAAGUAUGCGUUCAAAGAUGGAGAAGGGAAAGAUUUUCCAAGGCUCAUUGAAAUUGGGAAGGACAUUGUAGAAAAAUGUAAAGGAGUUCCGUUGGCUGUGAGAUCUUUGGGGAGCUUACUUUAUGCAAAUACGGACGAACGUGAAUGGUUGAAAAUAAAAAAGCAUGACAUCUGGCAGGUGGAUCAAGAUAAUGAAGACAUCUUACCAGUAUUGAAAUUGAGCUAUGAUCAUUUGCCAUCUCCCUUGAAGAGAUGCUUUACUUAUCUUUGCUUGUUUCCAAAGGAUUAUAAUUAUCAAAAUGAUCACGUGACCCAAUAUUGGAUGGCAUAUGAACUUCUUAAAACCUCUGAUAAAACUGAAGAGCUAGAAGAUGUUGCUGAUCAAUAUGUGAAAGAUUUAUGGUCAAGGGGUUUCUUAGAGGAUUUCCGAGAUAUUGGUUGUUUGUGGUCAUUUAAAGUGCAUGAUCUUAUGCAUGAUCUUGCAAUAUCAAUGGCAAAAGAUGAGUCUGCAUUCUUGAAUUUCGGAAGUCAAAACGUUCAUGGGAAAUUUCGGCAUUUUUCACACGGUGACACAGAGUUAUGUGGUGAAGAAUUUCUACAACUCAUAGUGGAUAACUCAAGGAGUGUUCGAAGCAUUCUCUUUCCAGCAGAAGAGAAAUACAGAGAUGCACGUAUUAUUGGAUCAUUUAUUAGAGGAGAUAUAUCCAAAUUCAAGUACCUUCGAGUACUACACUUGUGUCGUAUACGUUUCGAAGUGUUGCCAGAUUGUAUCGGUACAUUGGGACAUUUGAGGUACCUUGAUCUAGCUAGGAAUCAUUCAUUGAAGAAGAUCCCUGAAUCCAUUUGCGAGCUUCAGAACUUGCAAAUGUUAAGAUUUGGUAAUUGUGAUAAGCUUCAAAAGUUGCCUGAUAACAUACGAAAGAUGACUUGCCUUAGAUACUUGGAAAUAACCACACAAGAGGAGGUUCUUCCAGAAAAUGGAAUUGGAUGUUUGAGUUCCCUUCGAUAUUUGAACGUAUUUUAUUGUCACAAUCUAAAACGUUUGUGUGAAGGGAUGCAAGGUCUGAAAAACCUCAGAACGUUGUCUCUAGCAAGUAGUUUUGUGAUCUCAUUACCAGAUACUAUCAAAUACUUGACAAAAUUAGAGAUGUUAGUGAUUUGGGGAUGUGACAAGAUUAAUUUGAAGAUGGAAUUGCAAGGAGAAGAUCGUGUGCUGAGGUUGGGUCUUAAAAAAUUCAUAAUUGCUUAUUUGAAUUCAUUGGUGGAUUUGCCUCAGCUUCUUCUUCAAUCAUCUGCUGAGACUCUGAAGUACGUGUAUAUUGUAAAGUGUGAAAGGUUAGAAGCACUUCCGGAGUGGUUCCAAAAUCUCACAUCACUUGAAAAACUUGAGAUUGGAGAUUGCCCCAGAUUGUCAUCUCUUCCUAAAGGGAUAGAACGCCUUAAUUCCCUCAAGGAAUUGAAGAUUACAGCCUGUCCUGCACUGUCUGAUAUAAAGCUGAAGAAAUGA